GGCAGUUUCCACUCUCCUGCGUCCUCCUCGACCUCCUCCUCGACCUACUCAACAACCAUGUUCUCCCUCAUCCGUGCCCGCGCAGUCACCGUCGCACCCCGCGUCUCUCUCCGCGCAGUCCGCGCAUCCACCGCAUUCCGCGCUCUCUCCACCACCGCCCUGCGCAAAGCCGACGACCACGGGCACGCCCAGCCCCCCACACCUCUCUACGGCGAGGGCAGUACUCCGGGUCAGGUGCCGACCGAUGUCGACCAGGCUACUGGGCUUGAGCGUCUUCAGUUGCUUGGGGAGAUCGAGGGUAUCGACGUGUUUGACCAAGGCCCGUUGGAGGUGAACAGGCUCGGCACGCUUGCGGACCCGAUCAUGGUUGAGUGCCUGGCGGACGAACGUAUUGUUGGAUGCACGGGUUUCCCUGCUGAUUCCCACGAUACCAUCUGGCUGAGCUGCACCAUCCACGGGCAAAACAGGCACCGCUGCCCCGAAUGCGGCUGCGUCUACGCACUCGACGACCUCCGCCCUAAGCUGGAGGAGAUCCACGGCGAGCACGCACCUGCCCUUGCGCACUGAUUUGUUUCUCGGUGUUGAGGAAAAUGCUGGUAGGCAUGCGGAAACAGCCAGCCCUGAAGGGGAAAACGAAAUUGUACAUAUUCAGGGAAUUUCAUUAGAAAAUCCUUUAUUCGUACUUACGGAGUGUGAGUGUGAGCUGCUGUUGCUUUUGGGUUGAAAGGAUCG